AUAUGAACAGUGCUUUCUUGGCUAGAAGACUGGUUAAGCAUCAACAGAAGCUUUCUAGCGUUCAAAUAGGCAAUUUUUGGAAAAUUGGAGCAAAGAAUUUUGCCUGUGUAAGCAGUAAUAGAGUUGGCUUGCAAAAUAGAAUUAACACUAUGUUUGUGAGGAGCUUUAGCAGCGCUACCGGUAUGAAUGCAAGGGAUUUAAAGGGUGAUGACUACUUGUUAAGUAGAUAUUCUAGUAUUCAGGAUGAUGCUGACUUAUCUCCUUAUGCAGAAAUCCCUGUUGAAGAGAUUGAAAACUAUAUUAGCGAAACUCUUAUACAAGAACACGGAUAUUCAGAAGAAGAUAUUGACUAUCUGCUCCAUUUCAACUCUAAUGUUGCUGUUCCUUCUGAAUAUGAGAAUGGAGGAGUUGUUCCAAACAUCACCAAAUACUUUAUUGAUAAGCUAGGCUCAACUGUAAAAGACUCCAAAGAAAUUCUACUCAGAUUUCCCAGAUACAUGAAUAUUGACACAAAGCAAAUUGAUGAAAGAAUAGCUUAUUACACUGAAGUAGGAAUUUCAAAUAGAGAGAUCACCACUGAAGAAAUCUCUGAGAUAUUUAGAGCAAAUCCAUUCUAUCUUAUUUGCCCUCAAGAAAACUAUCAGAGAUUUAUCAAUGAAUUCAACCACUACAGGUUUUCCAAAGAAGAAACAAUUAGGAUGUUUAAAGAGCAGCCAGGUAUUUUUGGUCUCAAGAAAGGAAACAUAAGAGCGUUGUUUGAAACUCCAAAAGUUCUUUUGGGAGUGAAAGCUUCAGACAUGAAAGAAAUCAUCCUGCGUUAUCCAGAAUUCAUAUUGCAAGGAAGAAAGAACAUAAUUGUAGAGAAGAUCAAAAUUGUAAUGAAGAAUUCAAAUUCACCAAAGUUAUACCUUCGUGAUUUGUUCCUGCGUCAUCCAAAGCUUUUCUUAAAAUCUUAUGCAAGUUUCAAGGCUAAGGAAAGCUUCUUCAUAAUCGAGCUUGGAAGAGGCCUCAAAACUGAAAGAUCAUGGCCAUUAAUGUUGAAGAUGAACUAUAAUGCUCAUAUCAGGCCUCGUUGUGCACUUGCAUACAACCAGAACUUUGAGUUUGAUAUCACAGAAGCUCUUAUUGGCACAGAUGAGGAAUUCUGUAAGAAAUUCGGCUUCACGAUAGAGCAACUUGAUGAAGAGAGAUCUAGUCACGAAAUCACUGAAGAGAAGGAUAUUUUAUGGAGAUAUAUUCCUAUUCCUUAA